AUGACUACCCCUUACGAAAAUAAUAACCUCAACAACAUCCCUACGGAUGACAGCUUCCAGGCUGACCAAGAUUUUGUGAAGCCCAAGAGCUCUGGCAGAACAGGCCCCGUGAUCACAAAACAGCCAAGGGCCAGAGAAGACUUCCAGGCCUCGUAUGCAUUCGAGUGGGAUACCCCAACCAAUGGCUGGUACGGGUCCUUGGUCGACACUGUUGGUUCGUGUUUUGGAACCCUCGGUGCCAUUCCGUGCUGCUUCUGCUUCCCUAACCCGUACAGAAACGUUGAUCAAGGUAAUGUCGGUCUUAUUACCAAGUUUGGUCAGCUGUACAAGUCUGUUGACCCGGGAUUGACCAAAGUCAACCCAUUGAGCGAGAAGUUGCACCAUGCGAACAUCACCUUGAAAACCAUGCAGAUCCCAACUUUGACCUGCUACACCAAGGACAACGUCUCCAUCACCUUGUCGAGUGUGUUGUACUACCAGGUGAUCGAGCCCCACAAGGCAUUCUUCACGGUUUACGACAUCGAAGACUCGCUCAGAGAAAGAACUCAAACCACUCUCAGACAGGUGCUCGGAGCACGGAAUUUGCAAGACGCAAUUGAGAGAAGAGAGGAGAUUGCCCAGUCCAUUGAGGAGAUCAUUGCAGAGCCGGCAGCCAAUUGGGGUGUCAAGGUCGAAAGUUUGCUGAUCAAGGACUUCAGUCUGCCGCCAGGUGUUUCUAACUCGCUGUCGAUGGCAGCUGAAGCCAAGAGAAUCGGAGAGUCCAAGAUUAUCCAGGCCAGAGCCGAGGUCGAGAGCGCCAAGCUCAUGAGAAAGGCCGCCGAUGUUCUGGCCUCCAAGGCAGCCAUGCAGAUCCGGUAUUUAGACGCCAUGCAAAAGAUGGCAGAAAACUCAAAUGCAAAGGUGAUCUUCAUGCCCAGCCAGAACGCGAUAGAGCGCACAGCCCAGGCUUCCAGCGGCGGCGGCGACGCUCCGGCAACAGACACCUAUCCCGACGAUGCCGACAAUCUCCCGCGUGUCCUGAGUCUCCAAGAGGCCCUCUAA